AUGGCGGUGGUUGUUGCCACUAAUGUCCUUUCGGGGGUUCUGGUUAUCAAUAACCUGGCUGCCUCAACACUAUGGCACAGGCUUCAUGUGUUGGAGCCACCAAGAGGUCUACUGGAGGAGACACAAAAACAGCUGGUGAAUUUUUUCUGGUCGGGCCAACAUUGGGUGAAGGCUGCACUGCUGUACCUCCCUGUACAGGAGGGGGGCCAAGCCAUGGUUGACCUGCGGAAGCCGCUUCUUCACCCUCUCUUGGAGAUCAGAUUGCUGCAGUCCAUCAGUUUUCAGGCUGCCCUGAUAAGCAGUGGGGUCACCAAGUUUGGUGAUCUCAUGGACAGAGGAGACUGGAGGACGGUACAUGAGCUUGCCAGAAGGAUUGAUACCCAGUCAGUACGCCUGGUAGAGCAAGUUGUAGAGAGGGUCCAUGCCUCACUUCCUGGCCCGUUUCAGAUGGAAAUUCAGAGACUCAAGCAAGAUGGCUGGCCAGACAUGGAAGAGGAGAUGGGGUUUCCAGCUUUAGCUGUAACUGCAGCUAUUGAUGGUCAGCAGGAUGCAGAUAAUUCUAUACUAUGUCUUAGCACACCUCAGCUGGGGAAUCUAGCAGCAGUAAAGGUCCAUCACCAAGCCACUCUGAGGAAGGUGAAGCCAUCGGGGUGGCCAGGGGAUUUGGGACCAGGUUCUUACCUGAGAGGGUGUUGGCGCUCCCUGUAUAAGCCUCCCAUAGAAAAGCGUACUGCGGAUCUGCAGUGGAGGCUUGUCCAUGGGGCCAUCGCUACGAACAGACACAUUGCACAUCUUGAUCCAACAGGAGACUUGUUUAUUCUGUGGAGAGGCAGUGAGGAUGUGAGGCUGGUGAAUGGAAGCAGCCCCUGUGCUGGGAGAGUGGAGGUUUACCGUCAGGGAGAGUGGGGGACAGUGUGUGAUAAUGACUGGGAUAUGCCAGAUGCUGGGGUGGUGUGUAGACAGCUGAGCUGUGGAGAUGCUGUAGAUGCACCAGGAGAUGCUCACUUUGGACACGGGUCUGGGAGAAUAUGGAUGGAUGAUGUAUACUGCUGGGGAUCAGAAUCCACACUGAAGGAGUGUGGGUCAGGAGGAUGGGGUGUACAUAACUGUAGUCAUGGAGAUGAUGCUGGAGUGAUCUGCUCAGCUCCAGCCCCUCGAAAAGUCCGGCUGGUGGGCGGGACUGACCUGUGCUCUGGGAGAGUAGAGAUGAAUCAUCGGAGCUCCUGGGGCACGGUGUGUGAUGCUGACUUUGACCAGCGGGACGCAGAGGUUGUGUGCAGGGAGCUGGACUGUGGAGUUCCUAAAGAGCUGCGGGGGGCAGCUGCAUUUGGCCAGGGGGAGGGCCCGGUGUGGACAGAGGAGAUUCAGUGUUCAGGCAACGAAUCUCAGAUUUACUUCUGUCCCAAAGCACCCUCACAGAAUGAAUCCUGCUCCCAUGGAAACGAUGUGGGACUGGUGUGUUCUGGGUACACUGGGUCCAGGCUGGCUGACGGCCCUGAUAACUGCUCUGGUCGAGUGGAGCUGCAGCACCUGGGUAACUGGGGGACAGUGUGUGAUGCAUGCUGGGACAGGAGAGCCUCCAAUGUCCUCUGUCAGCAGCUGAAGUGUGGGACUGCAGUGGCAGUGCCAGGACAGGCCUGGUUUGGAGAGGGGAGUGGGCCAAUCAGAGCCGAUGUGUUUGAUUGCCAUGGGAACGAGACACGCCUCUCACAGUGUGCUGUUUCCUCAUGGAGCCGAGCUGUGCUCUCACAUGGACAGGAUGCUGGAGUCAUCUGCUCUGGUGAGGAGUCCUGCUCUCUGUACUGUGUACAUGGCACAAUUUAGCAUACAUUUACUGCAGUGAGAGAGAGAGAGAGAGAGAGAGUGAGACAGAGACAUCGAGAGAGACAGAGAGAUGGAGAGAACUGAACUGAAGGCACUGAAGAGCAGCCAGCUCUACCCAGACAGAGGUCCCCUGGGAAACUCGCCAUCAAAAAAACAUUUUUACAAAAUAGCAUAUAAAAUGCCACACCCACUAGACAUUUUGACAAAAUCAACAAAAACUAUACAUUGACAGUUGGAAUGAUUAAAUUAAACAAUAAACUGGAAAUGUAUCGCGUUCUAGGCCGAGAUUGCUCCCUGUCAGAAUAUCUCACUAGAGUUAAAAACCAAAAUCUGGCUCACAUUAACAA